CGCAGAAGCUUAAAACCAGUAACAAUGAAUUAAAUCAUUAAUUACAAAUAAUGAAAAGGAAAAAAAGUAAUAUAAAAUCAAGCAAUUACCUACAAUAUUGGUUUUUCUUGUCAUAGCAACAAUCUCCCUUUUCUUCUCUCUCUUCAUAGGUCCUUCCUCCAUUACCAAGUACCAAAAUUUCUCUCUAAACCUAAUCUUUCUUCCUUUCUCCCUAUUUUGCAAUCCCAGAUUUCUAAUUUCUGAUUUCAUCCUUCUUCUUCACUCCAAAUCAUAAAGCUUAUGACUUGAUCACUUUCCCCUGCAAAUUUUUCUCUACUGAAUCUGGGUUUUGCUGCUUCUUUGUCAACUUCUUGAGCUGAGGGAUAUUCUAAGUCGGGUGUCUUAAAGCUCCAAACUUUGUUGGUUCUCAGAUUAAUUUUCCUGGGUUAGUACAAAUUUUUGUACUUUUUGCUGUUAUUUUUUUUCUUUGAAUCUUGUUGGUUUAUCAUUGUGAAUUUAUAUCAACAAUACCAAAGAUCUUUGAUGAAAUGGGUAGAAUCCCAUUUAUUAUUCUUUGGUUAUCUGUAUUAGUGAAUGUAAUUGUAGCACAAAACUAUACACCAAAAGAUAUUUUCUUGUUAGAUUGUGGGGCUACGGAUCCUCAUACUACCGAUUCCGACGGUCGGAAAUGGAGCUCCGAUAAUGGAUCCAAGUUUCUGUCAUCACCUAAAGGGUCAACCACUGCUACAGCUGCUACUCAAUUACCUGAUGUAGGGGUGGUUCCUUUUAUGACUGCUAGAAUUUUCCAAUCCAAAUUUACCUACAAUAUACCUGUUGCUUCUGGUAGGAAAUUUGUCCGGCUUUACUUUUAUCCGAAUACUUAUUCGGGUCGUAAUACUACCAAUGCCAUAUUUUCUGUUACCUCCGGCCCUUACACCUUGCUUAGCAAUUUUAGUGCUGCACAAACUACAGAAGCUCUUAACUAUGAUUACCUUAUCAAGGAAUACUCCCUUAAUGUGGAGGGUACGACUUUGAGCCUUACCUUUACACCCUCUUCGAAUUAUACCAAUUCUUUUGCUUUUGUGAAUGGUAUUGAGGUUGUGUCUAUGCCUAAUGUGUAUUCCGAUGCUGAUACUGAUGGGGCUAUUAUGGUUGGUGGAGGUGUUCCAUUUCCAAUUGAUAACUCUACUGCCCUUGAAGGUUUGUAUCGGUUAAAUGUGGGCGGAAACUAUAUUCCCCCCACACAGGAUACUGGCCUUUUCAGGGCGUGGUCUGAUGACACGCCGUAUAUAUUUGGGGCAGCAAGUGGAACCACCAGUCUUAAAGAUCCUGAAGUGAAUGUCAGUUUUCCGAGCAACUUGCCCUCGUAUACUGCGCCGGUUAAUGUUUACUCCACUGCGAGGUUCAUGACAUGGGAUAAUAAGUUGAACCUGAAUUUCAACUUGACAUGGUUGUUUACAGUUGAUACUGGGUUUAGUUAUAUGGUUAGGUUGCAUUUCUGUGAGAUCUUUGCCAACAUAACAAAGCCCAACCAGAUUGUGUUUAAUAUCUACAUCAACAAUCAAACUGCAGCUUCUUCUGUUGAUGUUAUUGCGUUGGCAACUAGCAAUGGGGUGCCUAAUGUUCAAGACUAUGUGGUGAUGCUUCCCACUAGCAAGGAUCCUCAGCAGGAUCUGUGGCUUGCACUCUACCCAGAUACCUUCGAUAAACCCCAAUACUAUAAUUCAUUUCUGAAUGGAGUGGAGAUAUUUAAGAUAAAUAGUACCACUGGUAAUCUUGCUGGGCAGAAUCCAGUUCCAGCCCCUGAUCAAGAUAUCGAUUUAAACCCAUCGGCUACCUCUCAUUCAAGUAGUCAUGCUGCAGCUAUAGGUGGCGCGGUUGCUGGAGGGGUUGGAUUGAUCUUCCUGGUUGGUCUUCUAGCUUGUUUUGUCUCUCGUCGUAGGAAGUACGGAAAAGUUUCCAACCCGAGUGAUGGUCCAUCUGGUUGGCGUCCCCUUUCCUUGUAUGGAAAUUCACAUACCUCUGGUUCUGCUAAAACGACUACCACUGGAAGCUACACUUCUUCUCUUCCGUCAAACCUCUGUCGGCAUUUUUCUUUUGCGGAGAUCAAAUCUGCCACCAAAAACUUUGACGAGUCUCUUGUCCUUGGUGUUGGAGGUUUUGGUAAAGUAUACAGGGGAGAAAUUGAUAAUGGGACGAUGAAAGUAGCUAUCAAGCGUGGUAACCCUCUUUCUGACCAAGGUGUACACGAGUUCCAAACGGAAAUUGAGAUGCUCUCCAAGCUUCGUCACCGUCACCUUGUAUCCCUUCUUGGUUACUGUGAAGAGAACGGAGAAAUGAUCCUUGUGUAUGAUUACAUGGCUUACGGAACCCUUCGUGAGCAUCUCUACAAAACUCAAAAGCCCCCUUUGCCGUGGAAACAAAGACUGGAGAUUUGCAUCGGUGCUGCUCGUGGUCUGCAUUAUCUUCACACUGGUGCCAAGCACACUAUCAUUCACCGGGAUGUGAAGACAACCAACAUUCUCUUGGAUGAGAAAUGGGUGGCCAAGGUUUCUGACUUUGGCUUGUCCAAGACCGGACCUUCCUUGGAUCACACUCACGUCAGUACUGUUGUGAAAGGUAGUUUCGGAUAUCUGGAUCCUGAGUACUUUAGGAGGCAACAACUUACAGACAAAUCAGAUGUUUACUCAUUUGGGGUUGUUCUGUUUGAAAUUUUGUGUGCUCGUCCUGCCCUGAACCCCUCUCUACCAAAGGAGCAAGUGAGUUUAGCUGAGUGGGCUGUGUAUUGCUACAAGAAGGGGAUGCUGGAUCAGAUCAUGGAUCCAUAUCUAAAAGGAAAGAUUGCACCUGAAUGCUUUAAAAAAUUUGCUGAGACUGCUAUGAAAUGUGUUUCGGAUCAGAGUAUUGAUAGACCGUCCAUGGGUGAUGUGCUGUGGAACCUCGAGUUUACCCUGCAGCUACAGGAGAGCGCAGAGGAGAGUGGUAAGGGUGUUGGUGGGGUGGAAUUUGUUGAAGGCAAGUAUGACAUCGAGUGUGGAAAGAAGGAUCUUGAUGAAUCACGGGGCUUGGAUGGAAAUGCAACAGAUUCAAGGAGCACGAUGAGCAUUGGAGGCCAAAGUCUCGCCAGUACAGACUCAGACGGUCUGACACCAAGUGCUGUCUUCUCUCAGAUAAUGAAUCCAAAGGGACGUUAAAUGGCAAAAAGUUUGGGAAUUUCAUGAUCACAGGAAUCUGUGUUGCUGUCCUAUAUACUAGCUAACGAGAGAGUAUUUGGUAUUCGGUUUGUAAACAAGUUAAGGAACUCCGGCAAUUGAUGAUCAGACUGAUAAUUUAGUUCUAUAUACUAUGUUUUUCCAUGAGUUGGACACUGCAAAUGAUUAUGAUUGAAUCUUUGAUUUAUAGCUUUAAGUUGUAUCUAUAGUUGUAUUGGAAGAGUGAAACUGAAAAGGUUCAAUCAAUAUUUCCAUAAUGUACUUGUAUUUCUUUAUUGUGUAUUCAUUUAUAUUUUCAACAAGUUUAUAGUGGGAUUCAUUGAUUCUUCAAAA